AACUGCGUGAGCAUUGAGUAUUGAGUAAUAGAGCAGCGAGCGAACUUCAGUUCAUAACGGAUUUUGUAUGUUAGCGGGCGUAAAAAUUAUUUCGGUUAGCUACAAUAUUCCGCCUACACACAUUUUAUAAAUAAACAAUCGUGUUUUGUGACAGUGAAAUAAAUUAAAAAUGACCAACGCACCAGUAAAAAAAGUGCCCAUACAUUUACAGAGCUCCCAAAACCGACUAUUGAUCAAGAAUGGCCGGGUCAUCAAUGAUGAUGGAAUGGAAGACGCUGAUGUGUACAUCGAAGAUGGAAUCAUCAAACAAGUCGGCCGUAAUCUAAUAAUUCCUGGGGGCACCCGUAUUAUCGAUGCGACUGGAAAGCUGGUGAUGCCAGGGGGUAUCGACCCCCACACUCAUUUGGAACUGGAGAUGAUGGGAGCUAAAACUGCUGAUGACUUCUACAAGGGUACUAAGGCUGCGGUAGCUGGUGGCACUACUACCGUCAUUGAUUUCGUGCUUCCAAAUAAGGGUCAGUCCUUACUGGAAGCUUAUGCCAAUUGGAGACAAAAGGCUGACAAUAAAGUAUGUUGUGACUACGCCCUCCACGUAGGUGUGACUUGGUGGUCUCCAUCAGUCAAGAAAGAGAUGGAACAGCUGGUGGCCGAACAUGGAGUGAACUCCUUCAAGAUGUUCAUGGCAUAUAAGGACGCUUGGAUGCUGGAGGACUACGAUCUCAUGGUUGCCAUGGAAACCUGUGCUGAGCUGAGGGCGUUGGCUCAGGUGCACGCAGAAAAUGGCAACAUUAUAGCUCGAAACACCGAGAAGCUCCUUGAGGCUGGAGUUACAGGACCAGAAGGUCACCAGCUCUCACGUGAUGAGGAAGUGGAAGCCGAAGCCGUGAACAGGGCCUGUGUGAUCGCCAACCAGGCAAAUUCUCCUCUUUACAUCGUUCACAUGAUGUCCAAGAGCGCCGUAAAGGCUCUACGAAACGCGCGUACACGCCAACGACCCCCCGUAUACGGUGAAACCUUGGCCGCUGCAGUUGGUACUGACGGUACCCAUUACAAGAACGCUUGCUUCCGUCAUGCGGCCGCUCACGUCUUAUCUCCACCUCUGAGACCUGAUCCUUCCACUCCUGAUGCCAUCGUACAGGCGCUCGCUGAUGACGACCUCCAACUAAUCGGCAGUGAUAACUGCACUUUCAAUGAGAAAGAGAAAGAGUUGGGCAAAACCAAUUUCACCAAAAUCCCAAAUGGUGUGAAUGGUGUGGAAGAUCGAAUGGCCAUUUUGUGGCAGAAGGCUGUUAAUACAGGUAUAAUGGACCCAUGCCGCUUCGUGUCGGUGACGAGCACGACCGCGGCCCGUAUCUUCAACUUGUGGCCCCAAAAGGGGCGAAUUGCGGUCAACAGUGAUGCUGAUGUGGUCGUUUGGGACCCGAGAUUGGAGAGAACCAUUUCUGCUGCUACGCACCAUCAUGCCGUUGAUUUUAAUAUAUUUGAGGGUCAACACGUAGUGGGCAGUCCUCAGUACGUAAUAGUGAACGGACGAGUGUGCUUGGACGACGGGAACCUCAGAGUCGUUGAAGGUCUGGGUAAAUACCUGAAGACUCCACCCAACUGCCCAUACAUCUAUGGAGAAGAGAGAUCCCGCUCACCACAGAGGAAGAACCUCGACAUUCCAGUCACACCCUCGAACAUCACCAACGGGACACCUACGCAUGACUCACAUGCAGAGCUGAGCGUAGUCCAGAAGCAGCUGGAGGGCAUGUCGGUGACGUCAUCGGGCUGCAGCACUCCCACGGGACGCAAGAUGCGGGAGCCGACGCAGAGGAACCUGCAGAACUCCACCUUCUCUAUCAGCCAGGAAAUGGAAGGCCUCAAUACGAAGACAUCUGUCCGCGUGCGAAACCCGCCCGGCGGGAAAUCCUCGGGACUCUGGUAAAAACCGGUUUUAACUGGAAAUCACCGCGCAUAACCGGUUCAAACCGGCUCAGUGCUUCGCGGGACGCUUUUGCUUGUGAAAAUAUAUUUUGGGACGCACUGCGCCUACGCACUCACGGGGGUGCUUUAGCUUAACACUUUUUGAUCUAUUUAUAAAUGACGAAAUUGUUUUUUGACAAAUUUGUGUUUCAAAGCUUAUUGCUAGUUAUAGUUUAUUUAAAAAUUCAUUUCAAAGCAUCAUCUUUAUCGGAGCUGGCUAAAUUAGCUUACUUUUAUAUAUGAUAAAAAAUAUGGUAUUAUUAUUUAUGCUGCUUUAUAAGUUAAAGAACUAAUAAAAGUAAGUAUUACUAAAUUUUCAGCCUUCCUGGUGGUUUAGAUGGGAUGUAAUACCUGUAUUCAUUGCCUCAUAUUAAACUUUAUGUAAUUUAAUUUAUAAGGUUCGCGGCUUAAGUGUAUUCAUGAAUAGCUUUGAUAUGUAAACUGGUUUAAAUAUAUGGCAGCUACGACGUAUUAAAAAAAAUAUUUUUUCACAAGCGAAGUGUAUGUAAUCGUGAUAUGUGUUUGUAUGGUUAUGAACGUUUUCAUUAUUUUUAUAUGCCCAAUCUGUUUAGAUGAUAUUUUUAUGUUUUGGGUCCCUAUUCCCAUAUGGACUGAGUUAGGAAAGUAUGUUAUUAGCAAUUUGUCUAUGGCCAAAUAUGGCUUGCUUUUAGUGUUACCAGUCAAAUUGUUUUCAAGAAAUUUCGCAAAAAUCUUUGUAUCUCAUGACGCACUCUGACUAGAUAUAUGACAUCUUAAUGACAGAUGUCAUAAAUUGACGUGUCAGAUUAAAACAGAUAAGAAAUGUGUGCCCUCAUACCCCAUUGGGGGCAAAAGUUGCGAAAAUAUAUUAUGGACGAAUCAUAAACGUGCAUAUUGUAUUUGUUUAAUGUAUGCAUUUAACUAUGAAGAAACCAAUUUAUGUCAAAAUAGUUUGUUGGUACCAAUUAUCACCAAUUUGGCUGCUUUUUUAUUCAAUUAUUUAUAUAAUAUUCUGUUGUUUAGGUACAAUAUUGUAUCGUUUACUUAUAACAUGAAUAAAACUGAUGCAAAAUAUACAUAUAUGUAUAUAUAUAUUUUUUUCAAUUGUUAUUGUACUUUCGCUAUUUAGUGCUCCAUAUAACACAAAUAUUCACUGAAAUGACCAAAGUAGGACUUGCUACCAAUAUAGUAAGAUAGAUAUAAUUUUUUGUUAUAAUAAAUCCUCAAAUAGCUAAAUUUAUUGCUUUGCAGCGCCAUCUAUAUUUUAAAUGUUAAAACUUCCGCAAAUUAGAACCAGCGCCAUCUAUUAUCAAAGAAAAGAUAAAUAAAGUGGGUAGGCCUUUUGGUACAAUUAUAUAAUAGGAAACGGCAAUGCAUUUUACGCUUAUAAAAUAUCUGUCAUGUCUAAUCAUACGCUCUUCAUACUCGCAGCAGACGGUGCCAACAUUGCCCAACCGUCUUUAUUUAUCUAUUUCGUGUAACUAAUAAUAUGAAUGGCGCUUGCAAAUUUAGAGCAAUAAUAAACAAAUUAGUACAAAUUAAUUCAUCUUAUACCACCCUUAACCUAGUCUUUGUCCUCACAAUUUUAUAGCAUAUACAACUUUUCUAAUUAUAAUUGUCUGUUCUUUAUUAUGCAUUGUAAAAUAAACAAUGUAAUC